GGAGGUGGGCGGCCGGAUCCGCUCACUCGGGCUUGCGCCCCAGGUGCCUCGGGACCCUCCGCCUGAGGCCCCGCCAUGGCGCAGCAGAGAGCCCUGCCGCAGAGCAAGGAGACGCUGCUGCAGUCCUACAACAAGCGGCUCAAGGACGACAUCAAGUCCGUCAUGGACAACUUCACCGAGAUCAUCAAGACCGCCAAGAUUGAAGAGGAGACGCAGGUGUCCAGGGCCACCCAGGGUGAGCAGGACAAUUACGAGAUGCACGUGCGAGCCGCCAACAUCGUCCGAGCCGGCGAGUCCCUGAUGAAGCUGGUGUCCGACCUCAAGCAGUUCCUCAUCCUCAACGACUUCCCGUCGGUGAACGAGGCCAUCGACCAGCGCAACCAGCAGCUGCGCGCGCUGCAGGACGAGUGUGACCGCAAGCUGGUGGCCCUGCGGGACGAGGUCUCCAUCGACCUGUACGAGCUGGAGGAGGAGUAUUACUCGUCCAGCUCAAGUCUUUGCGAAGCUAAUGACCUGCCUCUGUGCGAAGCUUAUUGGAGGCUGGACCUCGACUCAGACUCAGCCGAUGGCCUCUCGGCCCCUCUGCUGGUGUCCCCGGAGCCCAGUGUGGGUCCCCUGCAGGCCGCGGCCCCUGCCCACCCCCACGCCGGCGGCCCCGGCCCCGCAGAGCAUACCUGAGCCCCCGGGGCUCCCUCUGGCCUGUCGGGUCCUAGGAAAGCCGGUGCUCUCCGCUGGGCCCCCACAGCCUGGCUCCUCUUGAGCCCCCACGGGCAGCUCAGGGAGCGGCCACCCAGGAUUGUUGGGGACAAGCUUCCCCAACCUUGUUACAUUCCUGGCCAGCUGGGUGGAAGCUUCCAGCAGUUUGCCCCCUGGAGGACCUCUCGGCACAGGGAGGAUGCCCAGCGUUCUCCCGACCCAGUGUGCUGUUUGAAGUCGGGAGGCAGCAUGGGGGCGGGACUCAAUGGAUCCUGCGAGCUGCGUCCAGACGCACCCUCAGGCCGGGCUCACGAGUGCCGGGGUGCGUGCACCCACAGGAGUAGGGGUCCUCCCGACGCCACUGCCCCCCUUCUGGCGGCCUUUGUGUUACCUGUUGAAUAAAAUGAAUAAAAUCGGCA